UGCGGUUACAGGAUGUGACAACGUCACACUGUCGCUCAGAGGGAACCUGGCCUUCUCUUUUUAAAAGCUGACAAGGAACAUCUCGAGAGCCUAUGAUCACAUAAAAAGCACAAAGAGUUGCCAAAAAACCAAAAGAGAGGUGGGGAAAAAAGGACUCCAUCCUUCACCAGAAUAUGCACUGGCAAAAAUCUUCUGCAUCUGAACAGCUGCCAUCAACUCCACGUCCCUAUCAAGGUGUCCGGGUCAAAGAGCCGGUUAAGGAGCUCCUGAAGAGAAAACGGGGCAGCCUUCAGAACGCCAAUGUGGCCACCGCAGCUACUACAACGGUAUUUUUCCCCCAUCAGUCACUCCCGUCUUAUUCACCCACAGGCCAGGUCUGUACUGAUUCAGAGUUUGUUGCUUCUCCGUUGCCUGUGGUGGAUGAUGGGACGCUCUAUUCCGGGUGGCUAGCACAACCAACCCCAACCACUCUGCAACCUUUGACACAAUGGACAGCCUACCCAGACUAUGUGUCGCACGAAGCAGUCAGCUGCCCUUACACGGGGGAUAUGUACGUCCAGCCCAUGUGCCCCAGUUACACAUUGGUUGGAACAUCUUCAGUGCUGACAUAUGCAUCCCAGCCUUUGAUCACAAACUUGGCGGCAAGGCCCAGCUCUACACCGGCUGUCAUGCCUCACCUGGAAAUGAUGGACCAGCAAGGUCCCCUGAACUACUUCCCAUGGACUCAACCCAUCUCAACGCUAUCAGCUCCUUCCCUGCAGUAUCAGACAGCUCCAACAGCCCUUCCUGCCCCCCAGUUUCUUCCCUUUCCAAUAUCGGUCCCAGAAGUUGUCCCCCAAGAACUGGAGGACGCAAGGAAAGAUCUUGGUGACCUGUCUAUGGAGAAGCUCCUACUUGAAGAUGGAAACCAUGGCACAUUUGACUUAAAUAACAGCCUCUCAGUUGAAGGACUUUAAGAUCCCAAUUGCAGCCAAUGCGGAUAGAAUGAAGUUUCCCCAGAUGAAUGCCCCCCCUCUUUCUCACAUCCCUUGUCCUAUGUAGAGACUCUUCCCAUGGUCCCACAAACGUCCUAAGGAAGGGCAACUGCCUUGAGGUUUCCCUUCAGCACCCUGCGUUUUGCAAAGAAAUUGCAGCCUCUUAUCUGACCCAAUCUUCUAUCCAGGAUGACCACCAUUUUCUCCUUAUUAACUGUACCGCUAAUAAUCUCUUUUCUUUAUACAGUAGGAUUAGGGCAUGCAAAAAGGGAGGUGGUCAUAAAUCCGGCUAAGACAAAAAUAUGACAAUUUAGAUCCACAGAUGCUGGCGAAACAUCAGAAACAGAACAUAGCCACAUAGCCUGAAAAGUCUACAAAAACUAGUCUAGAUCCAUUCUGGAAAACUCAUUGCUUCUUAAUUUCUGUGGGCAAGACCAGACCAUCUGGAUCAAGAUACACUCUCUCUCACUCUCUCUGUUCAUUAUUUCCUUUCUCUAUUGUGGAAGACUGGCACCAUAUAUGUCUUUAGCAGAAAACAAUAAUAAAGUUUAGUAUUAGAUGUUAGGAAUCAUCAGAGGCUCCCCUUUCCCCAUUAAGGUCUCCCCUAAUGUGGCCACGAUAAGACAACAGAAA